AUGGCACGCUUUUCCACACCUACGAAGAAGAUUUUCGAAUCAUCAGACUUAGGAAACUUCAGAAAGUCACUUGCCUAUAAAAGACUCCACCAGACUAUUCGCUUUAUUGUAGAAAAGGUGAAAGGAACCGAUGUUCCCGAGGGAUGCUUAAAAGCUUCAAUUGUGACAAGAAGCCGGGAUCUUUCCCAUAUUGCGCAACCGAAAUCGUGCGGAUUUGAUAACUUAUCGGGCCCUGCUGCACAGGUAGUAAAGGUUCUCGAACAUUUCGAAUUGCUCAUUGAUCAAACACCACCUUUGAAGGGUCCAAGAAGAUUUGGAAAUUUCGCUUGCAGGGAUUGGCAUGCAAAAAUAGAAGCUGAUGCUGGAUCAUUAGUUAAUCAUCUAAUCUCUAAAGAGGAUGCGUCAAAUGAGCUUGAGUUUUAUCUCGUCAAUGCUUUUGGAUCAGCCGUGAGACUUGAUUAUGGACUGGGUCACGAGCUUUCGUUCAUUGCCUUCAUAGGUGGCCUUAUGGAAUGUGGAUUCAUUGGAAGUGAUAUCGCCGGAACAGAUUUGUUGGCAAUAUUUGCCAAAUAUUAUGAUUUGGUGAGACGUCUAAUCAUAGAAUACAGUCUAGAGCCAGCUGGAUCGCACGGAGUGUGGGGACUAGAUGAUCAUUUCCACUUUAUUUAUAUUUUGGGAGCUUCUCAAUUUAACACUGACAAAGGUGAAUCAAGCUCUCGUUACAUCCCACCAGUACAAAGUGUUUUACAAUCAGAAACGCUUGAGCUGUAUCUGCAGAGUAACCUCUACGUUAAUGCGAUUGCGUUUAUCUUUAAGAUAAAGAGUGGCCCAUUCAAUGAGCAUUCACCAAUCCUUUACGAUAUACACCGUUCAGUUUCAUUAUGGUCCAAAGUUCUUUCAGGUCUACUUAAAAUGUAUGAGGUUGAGGUGUUCGGCAAGUUUCCUGUUGUACAGCACUUUUGGUUUGGGGACGGUUUCUUUCCCUGGAAAGACGCGGAAACAAUGAAGGAUUUACCGACGAAAGACAACGAGCCGGAAGGCAGUAAACAAGAUGAAGAUGAGAUGCCUGGCUUAAUCAAUGGCUUCCAAGGAACAAAAACAACCCAUUCGAAUAUCUCUGUGACAGCUGCUCCAUGGGCGCAAUCCAGAAGACAACCUGCAAGUGCUUUCAAGAGGGAUAAAUUAGGAGGGAGCUCACAAGUGUCUUCGAGUGAAACCUCUUAA